GGGAAAUAUUAAAGAAAUAUGCGGAAAAAGACGAAAGUUUCAAUUUUUUUAAAAUACACUGGACUUUUAAGUGUUAUUAUCAUUAUUAUACAAGGAUACAGAGAUGCGUUCACGCGAUCACCUUUCUCACGUGAGAGACUACGGUAUCCACAACAAAAUAACAUUCAAUCAAGAGGAGCCUUGAACAUCAUAACAUAUUAUGUAAACGGGGCUGAAAAGAACAAGACUGAACAUUCAACAAGUGGUGAGGAAAAUAUGGAAGCAGGAUCCUCCGGGACUACCCACAUAAUCAGCAACAAAAGCAUAAUUGUUAUAAACGCUUACUUGAGAACGGGGUCAACAUUUACAGCUUCAUUGUUUGAGACGUAUCCGGGUGUAUUCUACAUUUUUGAACCCCUUCAUGACAUAGAGAGAGGUUUUCGAGCUGCCGAGGCUGCAAAAACAGACGUAUCUUUACAAUACGUUGAUUCUUCAAGGAAAGUGACGAUUUCAAAACGCUCCUCUGUGUAUUUGGAAGAAGUGUGCUCGUGGCUGUCAUGUCGGCUCCAAGAUUUGUCUAAAACUUCCCUUAAUGAACGGUUUCUAUCACAAUAUAAUACAAAAAUGAAACCAUUUCAAACAUGCAUGAGGACAGCUAAGAUCAGUCUGAAUGGUUUAAACUACGGUAGCGCAAUUACGUCAUGUCUGAAAAAGCCAAUACAAGACUGUCAAAGCGCUUCCUUUGUAGUUUUAAAGUUUAUACGCAUGCGCAUUGGUGAAUUGGCAAGUCUGUUGCCAUAUUUUCCAAACAUGAAAAUCGUCCAUUUGAUAAGGGAUCCACGUGGAAUGUUCAAUUCAAGGAACCAUGUUGGUUUAAGUAAAGUACAGCGAAACAGCAGUGACAAAGAUGCAGUUCAUGGAUUUUGUCGACUGUUAGAAGAAGAUCUGAGACAUUCAAAAGAAAUUUCAAUUUCUCAUCCAGACAAAAUAUUUGUUUUGCAGUAUGAGGAUAUAGCUGAACACCCUUAUGAGUGGGCAAAACGUUUGUACAAGUUCGCUGGAAUGGAGUACACGAACAGUACGGAAGAUUUUGUACGCCGUUCGACGUCUGCUACGAAAGAUACUGGCAACAUGCAAACUCAGCGAAAGAAUUCAACAGCGACAUCUGUGAAAUGGCGUAUGCAGUUAUCAGCACCGACCGCUAUGUAUAUUUACAACACUUGCCGUAAAAGCAUGGAUAUUUUGGGAUAUCUUCCACUAACAACUAACAAUUUGAGGAUCAUGUCUGUGCCGUCACGUCAUCGCAUAAAUGUGACGUCUAAUUGAUUGGC